AUGAAGCCGUCAUCGAAGCAGAAGGCAGAAGCAAAUGCAGCCUCUGCACAGUCCUCGGAAAAGCUUGGGAAUCAUGACAACAAGGAUCCAGACGACCGGCCUGUUGCAGUAAAGAGGGAGCUGCCGGAGGAGGAUGAUGAGCAGGGCGAGAGUUCGGAGCACGAGGUGUCCAAUAUGAAACGAAGGGUCAUGGAGAUUCUAGGGAAGGACAAAAUCCAGUCCAGCUCAAAAGUGCAGGCCAAAUCACAUGCCAGAUCUCCUUCGCGCAAAAUUCAGCGCAGUGCAUCGGAUGCAUCAACACUGGUCCUCGGCUCUAGAAGGGACGAGGACUGCAGCAUCAGCAGUGAAUCGUCUGUCGAGGACGACAAGUAG